GUUUUAGUCCCUUCAAAACCAUAGGUUUGAAGCUUCGUCGUCGUCGUCUUAGAAAGUUGCUUGCUUGAAUUGUCGGAGGAGAAGAAGAAAUAUGGGGAAACAGCCGGUGAGGAUGAAGGCGGUGGUCUACGCCCUGUCUCCGUUCCAGCAGAAGGUGAUGACUGGCCUCUGGAAAGAUCUACCGGAGAAGAUCCACCACAAAGUCUCCGAGAACUGGAUCAGCGCUUCUCUCCUCCUCACCCCUGUCCUCGGCACCUACUGGUAUGCUCAACACUACAGGGAGAAGGAGAAGUUGGAGCACAGGUACUGAAGCGUGGACGUGCUCCCUGUUCAUUUCGACAAGAACCCGAUUGUUUGUUUCCUCUCCGCAACUUUGCUGAGAGACGUUUUCCAUAGGACUGAAUAAAACCUCGAACUUGCAAAUUAUUGCUCUAAUAAACCUUUGACCGGUUUGACCACAAUUUUAAACGAUCGG